CCACCAUCAUUCGGCCCCCCUCCCCCUGCACUGUGCUCCUUUUCCCGUUCCAUUUAUCGUCUUGGACGACCUUUCCCUUCUCGCUUCGUCGCCGAGAUCGAUCGGUCGAGCGACUAGGCCUCCCGACGUGCGCCCCUCUACCUGCGUCGGUGUCGCCGCACGAUCUUAGCCACCGCAGAAUUUUGCUUCUUCUAGCUUUAAGACAACAUCCAAAGCUAGUCCUUCCAGUAUGGCAGUGUCCAUGAAGGAUGUGGAUUCAGCUUUUCAAGGAGCUGGGCAAAAGGCUGGACUGGAGAUAUGGCGUAUUGAAAAUUUUCACCCAGUCCCUGUACCGAGUUCAUCUUAUGGGAAGUUUUUCACUGGAGAUUCAUAUGUGAUUCUUAAGACAACUGCCUUAAAAAGUGGUUCUCUUCAACAUGAUAUUCACUAUUGGCUUGGUAAAGAUACUAGCCAGGAUGAAGCUGGGACUGCCGCAAUCAAGACGGUUGAACUUGAUGCAGCCCUCGGUGGUCGUGCUGUUCAAUAUCGUGAAGUCCAAGGUCAUGAGACUGAGAAGUUCCUUUCUUAUUUCAAACCAUGUAUAAUACCACAGGAUGGUGGUAUUUCAUCUGGGUUUAAACAUACUGAGACAAAUGAGCGAGAGCAUGUGACUCGUUUAUUUGUUUGCAGAGGAAAGCAUGUUGUCAAUGUGAAGGAGGUCCCUUUUGCUCGAUCAUCUCUCAAUCAUGAUGACAUAUUCAUUCUGGAUUCUGAGUCCAAGAUCUUCCAGUUCAGUGGAUCUAAUUCAUCUAUUCAAGAAAGGGCUAAAGCUCUUGAAGUUGUGCAAUAUAUCAAAGAAACUUACCAUGAAGGGAAAUGUGAGGUGGCAGCUGUUGAGGAUGGGAAGCUGAUGGCUGAUGCUGAUGCUGGAGAGUUUUGGGGCUGUUUCGGGGGUUUUGCUCCUCUUCCAAGGAAGAUAGCUUCUGAGGGUGACAGGAAGGCAGAGACCUUUUCUGCAAAGCUGCUAUGUGUUGAUAAAGGACAAGCUGUGCCCGUUGAAGCAGAUUCCUUGACAAGAAAAUUACUGGACACAUACAAGUGUUACCUGCUCGACUGUGAUACUGAAAUAUAUGUAUGGAUGGGCCGAAAUUCAUCCCUUGCACAAAGGAAAGCUGCUAGUUCUGCAGCAGAAGAAUCACUACUCGAACCUGGCAGGCCACAAGCUCAUGUUAUUCGGAUAAUUGAGGGAUUUGAGACAGUAAUGUUCCGGUCCAAGUUUGAACAGUGGCCGCAGAAAAAUGAUGCAGUUGUAUCUGACGAGAGUAGGGGCAAAGUUGCAGCAUUUCUUAAACGCCAAGGACUAAAUGCAAAGGGCAUUAACAAAGCUUCUCCUGCCAAAGAUGAACCUCAACCAUAUAUUGAUUGCAGUGGCAAUUUACAGGUCUGGCAUAUAAAUGGUAAAAACAAGAUUCUUCUUCCACCCUCAGAUCAAUCUAAAUUUUACAGUGGAGAUUGCUAUAUAUUCCAAUAUGCAUAUCCUGGAGAAGAAAAAGAGGAAUAUCUCAUUGGUACUUGGUUUGGGAAGAUGAGCGUUGAGGAGGAGAGGACUGCAGCUAUCUCACUUGCUAACAAGAUGGUUGAAAAUUUGAAGUCACAAGCUGUUCUGGCUCGCUUUUAUGAAGGAAAGGAACCGAUACAGUUAUUCUCUAUCUUCCAGAGCUUCCUAGUUUUCAAGGGUGGGGUAAGUUCUGGGUAUAAGAAGUUUGUCAAGGAAAACAGCACAACUGAUGAAACAUAUUCAGAGGAAGGUGCUGCACUUUUCCGAAUACAAGGUUCUGGACCAGAAAAUAUGCAAGCAAUUCAAGUAGAACCGGUAGCUUCUUCUUUGAAUUCAUCCUACUGUUACAUACUGCAUAGUGGCAGUAUUGUUUUCACAUGGUCCGGAAGCCUAACCACCUCUGUGGAUCAAGAACUAGUUGAGAGGCAGCUAGAUCUGAUUAAGCCAAAUGUGCAGCCUAAAACACAAAAAGAAGGAACAGAAACUGAACAGUUUUGGAGUUUACUAGGAGGAAAAUCUGAACACCCCAGUCAGAAAAUUGGGAAAGAGCCAGAACAUGAUCCUCACCUAUUCUCAUGUACUUUCUCAAAAGGCAACCUAAAGGUGACAGAGAUUUUCAACUUUACCCAAGAUGACUUGAUGACUGAGGAUCUCUUCAUUCUGGACUGUCACUCAGACAUAUAUGUAUGGGUAGGGCAGCAGUUGGACCCAAAAAUCCGACUGCAAGCUUUUAGCAUUGCAGAGAAAUAUAUUGAACAAGAUUUUCUUAUGGAAAAUCUCUCUCGAGAAACCCCAUUGUAUAUCAUUAUGGAAGGAAGUGAGCCUCCAUUCUUCACUCGCUUCUUCAACUGGGAUUCAGCAAAAUCAUCAAUGCAUGGUAACUCAUUUCAAAGGAAGCUAGCUAUGGUGAAAAAUGGAGUUCCUCCAACACCAGAUAAGCCCAAGCGACGGACACCAACAUCCUAUGCUGGGAGGUCCAGCGUGCCAGACAAAUCUCAGCGCUCAAGAAGCAUGUCCUUCAGCCCUGAACGUGUUCGAGUUAGAGGAAGAUCUCCUGCUUUUAAUGCACUAGCUGCUAAUUUUGAGAACCCAAAUGCCAGGAAUCUGUCAACUCCUCCUCCAGCAGUCAGAAAACCUUCUCCAAAACCUGUGAUGCUUGAUCCUUCAAAGGUGGCACCAAAAUCAGGAGCAAUUGCUGUCCUCUCUGCUUCUUUCGAACGGCCAAGGGAAAUAAUGAUACCAAAGUCAAUAAUACCAAAAUCAUUAAAAGUGAGCCCCGAGAACAACAAACCAAAACCAGAGGUGAACGCCAAGGGAAGCAUCGCUACAUUGAACACCAGAAUGGAAACCCUUACAAUACAGGAAGAUGCAAAGGAGGGUGAAGCUGAAGAUGAAGGGCUCCCCAUUUUCCCCUAUGAACGCCUGAAGACCACUUCCACUAAUCCUGUUACAGAUAUUGAUAUAACCAAGCGAGAGACAUACUUAUCUUCUGCGGAGUUCAAGGAGAAGUUCGGCAUGACAAAAGAAUCUUUCUACAAGUUAGCCAAAUGGAAGCAAAACAGACUCAAAAUGGCACUUCAGUUGUUCUAAGACUUCCAAAUUCUGAGGUCCUCUUCUGGCCCUGGAUCAGAGACAGCAUUGAUGGACAGGGUGCUUGGAUGUCUUCCUACCCUCGUUUCAGAUUGUGACUGGUCCUACCCAACCUAGUUCUCAUUUAGGGCUCCCCUACUUAGGAAUGCAAGGGGGACAGCAUCAGUGCUUUUUUAGCUGCUUCUGGUCCCAAAUAGUUCAUGUUGUUAUUGACAGAGUCUUACAAAUUUUCCCUUCUUUCCAUGUUUGAGCAUUAUUCCACUGUCUCUCCCUUCUCAGGUAUUCUUUUCAUCGUCCCAGGUUGGUUUGUGAGCUUGCAAUUUUUUCUUUCUUUCUUUUCAUUUACCGAUUGUUUCCAAAGAUGAAUACAGUUAAAGGUUGUAUUAAUACUGCACAACGAGACAGCGAUGUGUGUACAGCUGAGUGUAAGAAGAUGACAACAUAAAUUAUUGGUGGGAAACCAGUUUGCACCUU